UAUAAACGCGGGGGGCUCGUUCUGGCGCGGACAACGCUCCCUGGAUGGGCCACUCGUCCCAACGUACGGAAAAUUGAAAUAAUUUGCCGACCUCCCGCCGCGAGCGAAGGCGCUGAUUAUCGAUAGAUUGCGCCGAUUGCGCGUUGAAGUCGUUGAAGAUCCACACAGGCCGCUACCGCGAUGUCGUCCGCGACGCCGGACGUCGACUCCCCCGUGCAGCAGGACAUCGAGCGCGCCACGUGCGACGUGGUCCACGACGUGGGCAGCGACCUGGUGGCGCAGCAGCCACAGCAGCAGCAAUUGCCCUCGCAGGGCGUACGCGGCGACGGCGUGUCCGACAACCUCGGCGGGUUCCCGAGUCGGGACCAGCCGAAGAAGUCACCCCCGUUGGGCGGCAGGAGGGUCAGGGUCAAAAUGGAGUACAUCAAUGACAAGGUCAGGAGAUACAGAACGUUCUCCAGGAGAAAGUCCGGCAUUAUGAAGAAGGCGCGCGAGCUGACGACGCUGACCGGCACGCAGAUGAUGCUACUGAUGGCGAGCGAGACCGGCUACCUGUACACGUUCGCAACGCCCAAGCUGCAGCCACUGGUGGCGAGCGACGCUAUCAACGCGCUGAUCCGAGCGUGCCUCAGCAGACCGAACCCGCCGCCGGGCUACCAAGGGACGUCGGCCUUCGACCUGAGGAGGACCAGGCUGAUGCCCGUCGCCGGCGACCUGCAGAAAGCGAGGCAACUGGUGUACGGCUCGCCGCGCAGUGGCCCGCUACACGCCGGCUCUUCUGGCGCCGGGCUUCGUAGCGAGCCAGCGAGCGGCCCAACCGCGCGGGUCCAUCCGUUCCCGCCGGGCUUGCAGCGCACGCACUUCGUAGCGCAGGCACAACAGCCGGCGGCCACCGUCGCACCUCGUGCCGCAUUCGGGCCCGAUGCCCACCGUCAGCAAAUACCAGCAUCCAUGCUCCUCGCCUCGGCCGCUCAAUCGCACCACCUGCCAUCCUCUUGCGUCGCGUUCGCACCCCCAGCCGUACACGCUCACCGCUCGUCGGGCCCUCGCGCGACCUUAUUCCCGCCGCACUUCGCGUUUUAAUCCCGAUUUUCGUCAACGUCAUUUAACUUUGAUCUUUAGUUUUCAAUUUCAAUCAUUUCUUGAAUUGUUUUCCAUGCUCUUUUGUCUCUGUCUAAGGGAACAGAGAAAGAGGGAGAGAAAGACAAAGGAUGAAUUGCGGUGAAAAUGGACGGAAGACGUUGAAAAUACUUGGCGGAGGUGUUGGAGAUCCCGAGGCGCCGAGACGCUGCUGAGGCGCGUCUUGUUGCCACGAGUGUGAAUGUACUCGGAAGAGAGAUUUAUCUCGCUGUGAGUUCGAGCGAUCGCAAUAGAUUCGUGCAAUUUAUUAUUUUAAGAGAUUUAUCUCCCGUAAAGAUUGUAGAUUGAGAGGCUCGAAUUUGACGAACGUCAGAGCUUAAGCUCCAAGAGUGAGAUAAAUCGCCGUUUAGAUAUCUGAGCGUUUACACAUUUGACUUUUAUUUUAUGUACGUUUCAACGUCGCAAACUUUUCUUUCGUUAUUUAUUCACAAUUGACUCUGUGAAACACGACAUACAACUAUUUUAGCGUACUGUUUUGGCGCGCGCGCGCGCGCGCGCGUUUUUUUAUAGAAUAUCAAAGUAAUUUCCAUUCUACACGGUAUUUUAUUUAAUUAUAUACGACGAACGGUUAGAUACGCAUUACCGAUAUUGUAAUCCGACAUUGGUCGCAAUGUUGGCGUGCUCUUUUUUGGUAUUGUACAUUUUACGAUUUUAAGUUGCAGAAAAUACCCCUCCUCUGUUUCUCUUCACGAGAGAGCUUAAAUGCUUAUUUAUCUUCAUAAGUCUUGUCGAGGAGCAAAGAUCUCCGUUAGAUAAAACUGUCACGACAAUACUUGGUUAAUAGAUUUACCGAACCGACGGUAUGCGUGCAAAUUAGGCGGUGCACGCUUAAUACUGUUACGCAUUCCCCCCCUUUUUUUAUCAAGUAUCUUUUUAUAUAUAUAUUGUUUACCGUGUAAUAUGUGUAAUUGUUUAGAUUGUCUUUUCUCGCAGAAUAAGUAGCUGGUAUUUGGAUUACCUCUUGAUUUAAUCCAUCUCCUUCCUAAUCUCUAUCCGUAUCCCAUAUCGAUCUGUUUAGCGUGCAUGUUCCGUAUAUGUGUGUAUGCAUUGUUUGCUGAUUCUGUGGAAAAAAAACCGAGGAGAAGGCAAAAGUAAAAAGAAGCAACGCCGCCCUAGUAGCACAGUGCAUUGAACAAACGUCGGUUAAACAUCGGGCCGAUGUUUAGCCAAUGCGCUGUGCUACUAGGGCAGGUACGAGAAGGCCCUCAGACUUGGAAUAGACAUGUAAAAAUCAACUGUACAUCUUGCAUACAAAGGGUACAAAUAAUAAUAACAUCGAUUACAAUUUUAAUGUUGAACUGC